AUGGCCCUCGCUAGUCGAGCCUUUAAUCGUGUGGAAACCAGAUUCGUUGCGUAUAUUAUAAUAGCAGUUUUGUUUCUAUUUUAUGUCCUUGUCUUGACGGGUUGUCUGUCAACUUCGCCGGGAGUACCAGACCUUUUUGUGGUUAAACUACAAGCAAAGCAAGUCAAAGAUGUUGAAGUGCGAGUUGGAUAUUAUGGAAUGUGUAUCACUAAAGCGGGUGGUGGCUUGUCUUGUCUUGCAACAUACACGCGAUCGCCAGACACACUUAACGAUCUUUUCCUAUCGAACUUGACCAACACACCCAAUGAUGGGGUCGUGAAAGGACUUCUAGUCCAAGCGAAUAUCAUCCAAAACAAAAUAUUCUACGCAUUACUAGCUGCAUCGGGCGUUCUGUUCCUUCUUAGUGUCGUAUCAAUGUUGCUUGUUAAGCGGUACAUGAAGAGUCCUAAGCCUAAUGCAGUACCACAGCAGAAGCGAUUCAGGUCCAUCAUGCAUUUCUUUCGUCAAUAUGCCUUUGGCCUCGCGAUAGCCGCGGCGUUUUCUACGACGCAAGCUACCGGCGCAUUGGAUUUUGCGACAAUUUCAAUGCCUGAUUCUGAUUCAAAUAUACUUAUUAGCGGUGGAAAGGCUGUUCAAGGGUUGCAAUGGGCAAUCGUCGCUCUAUUGUGCUUGGUUCACUUAGCGACCUCUUCUAUGUUCAACGCAGGCAGCGGCGGUCCUUCAGGAGAUAUGGGAGGCUUUCCGCCGUCACUUCCGCCUGGUGGAGGUAUGAUGCCGCCUCCACCUCGACUAUAA